AAACUCUUCUCCCCACACUCCACCGCUCCAGCCUCCACCCCCCUCUCCCCUCCUCCCCAUUCCAUGGCGAGCGAAGGCCUCAUCCACCGACCCGGCGCCGACGCCGACGAAGUCGACCCCGGCCGCCUCCGCCUUCCCGUCACCACCGCCGCCGCCAACGACGACGCGAAGAAACCGCGGCGGGCGAAGCGCGUUGCGGCGCUCGACAUCUUCCGCGGCCUCACUGUCGCGCUGAUGAUCUUGGUGGACGGAGCGGGCGGGGAGUGGCCGGUGAUCGGGCACGCGCCGUGGGACGGGUGCAACCUCGCCGACUUCGUCAUGCCCUUCUUUCUCUUCAUCGUCGGCGUGGCUAUCCCCCUCUCCCUCAAGAGGAUACCGGAUAAGGCUCGGGCGGUGAGGAGAGUGGUGAUUAGGACUCUCAAGUUGCUCUUUUGGGGGAUCAUCUUGCAAGGAGGGUACUCUCAUGCUCCUGAUGACCUUACAUAUGGAGUUGACAUGAAGCACAUUAGAUGGUGUGGCAUACUUCAGAGAAUUGCUGUUGCCUACUUGGUAGUAGCAAUGUUGGAAAUCAUUACAAAGGAUCGGAAGACCGAGGAUCAAUCAGCUGCAGGAUGGUCUAUAUUUAGGAUGUACUACUGGCAAUGGAUCCUUGCUGCUUGCGUUCUUGCGAUCUACCUGGGACUACUUUAUGGAAUAUAUGUUCCUGACUGGGAGUUUAGGGUGCACUAUGUCGAUAGCCCGGAUUACGGGAAGGUUCUAAAAGUGGCAUGCAGUACAAGGGGAAAGUUGAAUCCACCUUGUAAUGCGGCCGGUUUCAUUGAUCGACAUGUUCUUGGGAUCAACCACAUGUACCAGCAUCCAGCCUGGAAAAGAUCGAAGGCUUGCACUGCUAACGGACCGUUCGAGGGGCCUUUUCCGAAGGAUGCUCCAGCAUGGUGUCUUGCUCCAUUUGACCCCGAAGGAAUCCUAAGCUCAAUUUCCUCGAUUCUAAGCACAAUCAUCGGCGUGCACUGUGGACAUGUUCUUGUUCAUAUGAAGAGCCAUGUUGACAGACUAAAGCAGUGGGUUUCCAUGGGCUUUGCGCUUCUCAUUUUUGGAAUUAUACUGCAUUUCUCUCACGCGAUUCCGCUCAAUAAACAAUUGUACACUCUGAGCUAUGUUUGCGUCACGGCCGGAGCCGGUGCUUUAGUGUUCUCCAUCUUCUAUUUCCUGGUUGAUAUUGUGGGCCUGCAGAACUUCUUUCUGCCGCUGGAAUGGAUCGGGAUGAACGCGAUGCUCGUCUUUGUAAUGGCCGCGGAGGGCAUAUUCGAGGGAUUCCUCAAUGGGUGGUAUUACGAGAGCACUAACAAUACACUGGUUUACUGGGUUCGGAAACACGUAUUCGUCGAAUUGUGGCAUUCUACGAGAGUGGGGAUUCUCCUUUAUGUAAUCUUUGCUCAGAUCUUGUUCUGGGCGAUCGUCGCAGGGGUUCUUCAUCGGCAGGGUCUCUACUGGAAGCUGUAAUGCAGAAACAGUUGUAUGUGUGAAAGGAAAUUGUUGUGAAAUUUGUUGCAAGUUCCUCAUUUAUCCACUGGACAUGUAUUUGACACACCACAUAGAGUCUCAUUGUGUAGUUAAAUACAUUUAUUGUGAUUGAUUUUUGUUUGUCUCAAAAUUAUUUUACACCACAUUAUGCUACAGAUGCAAAAUACACACUAUUAUAUGGAAAUUAUUCUGUUGUAUUUUA